UCCCGACUAGACACUUCCACAAAGCCAGUAACUGCACUAACACUUGCCAAAGGGCCAGUAACUGGUUCUACUCACUUGCAAAGGGCCAUCCAAGCUUCUGUAAGUUUCUCGUGUUUGGUCGAAUUG